CCGUGGACAUCUACCUCGGUAAGAAGUGAACCACGCUCAUGGAGCCGAAAACCCCGCAGUUGGAUAAGCUCAAAUCCACAGGCCUCUGUACUCCCAGUUUUGUUGUCUGUCAAGUUUUUAUUCCCCGCCCCUGCAGUCGUCUGCAGCUACAGUUCGACUAUUAAGUCGGCGAAAGUCAGCCGCUGUCAUCUGGAGCGCAGUUCAUACAUGUGUUUUUACUGCGCGAGAAAAGAACGUUAGAGGUGUGAGAGCCGUGUGGUGAACUGAGCCUGAACAGAGAUUACCACAGCGGGGACGGUGUUCACCAUAGUGCUGAGCAGCCGUUCACAUUUGCUGCUUCCAGCAAAAACAACAAAACGUUUGAAGGAAACAGGAAGUGGGAAUGUCCAUGACUGUUGUGCUGUCAAGCUGCAGCGUGAGCCGACAGUUGUGCUGCUCGGACGGACCUCCCUCUUUCUGCCUGCUGGCCCCAGGGUGCUGUCCGCCCCAAAACACCGACCUAGCUGCGACGAGGGCGGAGCUGGCCUGGCUGUCACAAAUAUACGUUUCAUUUCAGUAAGUAGCCACAACGCGGACUACCGUCUAAAUCCACACGGCUCUGGCUUUAACCACGACCACAAGGCGCCUGUUCAGCCGACUCGAGGAGAAGCAGGAUGCCGGUGAAAGGCGGAGGAAGACUGGCCUCUUACCCGAGCAAGAGCGAAAAUGUCGGAAGCUCAGGAAUGGAAGAGAUGGUCUGGGAGCAGUACACAGUCACUCUGCAGCGGGACUCUAAGAUGGGUUUUGGCAUCGCUGUGUCAGGAGGGCGUGACAACCCCAAUGUGGAGAAUGGAGAAACGUCAAUCAUCGUGUCAGACGUGCUGCAGGGAGGACCAGCAGAUGGAUUACUCUUUGAGAAUGAUCGUGUCAUUCAAGUCAACUCCACCCCCAUGGACAACGUGCCUCAUUCCUUUGCUGUGCAGUCCCUACGUAAAUGUGGCAAAGUGGCCAAAAUAACGGUGAAGAGACCUCGGAAGAUGGUGCUCUCAAUGAAGCAGUCCCCAUCCCCAGGUGGAGACAGUCGGGAAUACUCCCCUUCCACCCACUACUAUGAUGCCGACAAUGAUGAUGGAUGGUACCGUAAUGAAGGCAGGGACCACACCACUGACAGCAAAGGAUACCUGGAUCCUGAGUACAGGGGAGGGCGGGACUACAACCACAGGGGAAGGAGCCGCGGGAGAAGCCUGGAGAGAACCUCGCCCAGCACAGACAGAGCCAGGAGGGAGGGCAGCCGGGGACGAGCUCUGGAAACCAGUGGCGACCGUCAGAGGUACCACAGCCGAGGACGCAGUCCCGGGGAAAGUUCCAAAAUGGAGGACAACUUUGAGCGAGGAGGAGGAGGAAGAGGAGAAAGGUAUAAGAGCAGGGACCAGAUUAAUGACAACCCUCCAUCCCCAGAACCUUCCAAAGAGCUGGAGCCGCUGGAGAAACCUGUAAAUGUCCUGCUGGUGAAGAACAGACCCAGCGAAGAGUAUGGUCUACGUCUGGGAAGUCAGAUCUUCAUCAAACAGAUGACCAGCACAGGCCUGGCUGCCAAGGACGGGCACCUGCAGGAGGGUGACAUUAUUCUUAAGAUCAAUGGGACAGUGACAGAGAACCUGUCUCUGCAUGAUGCCGGGAAACUGAUAGAGAAGUCGAGAGGGAAGCUACAGCUGGUGGUCCUCAGAGACCGCCGCCAGAUCCUUGUGCGAAUCCCCCCCCUCGCAGACUCUGACUCUGAUAAUGACGACAUAUCAGAGAUGGAGUCAUACCAUUCCUAUUCUCCCCCAGAGGAGAGGAGGUCCCGCCAGUCUGACCUGUCCUCCCACUCUUCUAAUGAAAGAGACAACCCCAGGGAAGAACCCAUGAGGACAGCCAAGAUGUCAGCCAUGGCCUCCCCAUUCAGAGUACCUGAAGACCCCCAGGCCUCAGCUGAGCUGGACAAAGACACAGCACACAUUGAGGAGCCUCCAGUUGCUGCAACAGCCACACCCAAGAUUCUCCUCCGACCAAGUGCAGAAGAUGAAAAAAUAUACGGGCCCAACACAGUAAUGGUGAAUUUCCAAAAGGGAGACAGCGUUGGGCUGAGGCUCGCAGGAGGAAAUGAUGUCGGCAUCUUCAUUGCUAGUGUUCAAGAGGGCAGUCCUGCUGAGGAAGAGGGCCUACGCAUUGGAGACCAAAUCCUAAAGGUGAACAAUGUUGAUUUUCAAGGUGUAGUGAGAGAGGAAGCAGUGCUCUUCCUGUUGGAGAUUCCUAAAGGGGAAGUGGUCACCAUCCUGGCCCAGAGCAAACCUGAUGUCUAUAAUGAUAUCUUGGUGUCGGGGCGUGGAGACUCCUUCUUCAUCCGGACCCACUUUGAGUAUGAGAAGGAGACUCCACAGAGCCUGGCCUUCAGUCGAGGGGACAUCUUCAAGGUGGUGGACACCCUCUAUGAUGGCAAGCUCGGCAACUGGCUGGCAAUCCGCGUUGGCAAGGAAAAGCAGAUGCUGGAGAAGGGCAUCAUCCCCAACAAGAGCAGAGCGGAGCAGAUGGCCAGUGUCCAGGGCUCUCAUAAAGCUGUUGGGGGUGAUCGAGCUGACUUCUGGCGGUUGCGAGGUCAACGUUCUGUUAAGAGGAAGGACCUGAGGAAGAGCAGAGAAAACUUGAGCAGUCAGAGCCUCGCCACCCGCUUCCCCGCAUACGAACGAGUGGUGCUCCGAGAAGCUGGUUUCCGGCGUCCUGUGGUGCUGUUCGGCCCCAUCGCUGAUGCUGCUACUGACAAACUGGCCUCUGAGAUGCCCGACCUGUUUGUUGUUGCCAAAACCGAGCCGAAAGACGCCGGCUCUGAGAAGUCCUCAGGAGUCGUUCGCCUCAACACUAUACGCCAAAUUAUCGAGCAGGACAAGCACGCCCUGCUGGAUGUGACUCCCAAGGCAGUGGACACCCUAAACUACACCCAGUGGUACCCCAUUGUCAUCUUCUUCAACCCAGACAGCAAGCACGGCAUCAAGGCCAUGAGACAGAGGGUCAUCCCCAACUCCAACCGUAGCGCCCGCAAACUCUAUGAACAGGCCAUCAAACUGAGGAAGUCCUGCUCUCACUUAUUCACUGCCACCAUCGAUCUGACCUCAGCCAACGAUGCCUGGUACGGCAGCGUCAAGGACUCCAUCAGAGAGCAGCAGAUGCAAGCCGUCUGGGUUUCUGAUGGCAAGCUGGAGGGAGUAGAGAGUGAUCUGGACUGCCAGGAUGUGGAGCGUCUGUCCUUCCUGUCCGCCAUGUCCACCGACUACCUCAGCAUGGACAGCCGGCUGACCUCCGACCUGGAUGACACCGCCGAUGAGGGCGGGGCCUACACCGACAAUGAGCCCGAUGUGGAGACGAUGCACAUCUCCGCCAUCAGCCGCUCGUCUGAACCUGUCACAGCUGAGGAGAUCUUACGCAGGUACAGUCCAGACAUCAGAAGUCGCAUGAGGAAAAUCAGCAGCAGCCAGGAAGUCCUCAACAGGUCCAGCCCUCCACCUGUCUUCUUACCAGACAGCAAGGUGAAACUGUCUUUGAAGGACAAUCCAGUCCUCCUAUCAGGCUCCAUCAACCCACACCAUCACCACCGUCAACACCACCCUCCAACCCCCAGCUCCAGCCAAAGUUACGAUUCUCCCUCCAGCAGCAGCCCCGCCAGCAGCAACCAUGACCCUCCACUCCCCACCUCCCAUUCAGCUGUGUCCUCUGGCCGACUACCCCCACCUCCAGCUCACCACUUCAACUCCUGUGGCAAACUUCGGCCCCUGGGAGCGCCCAAGCCCAGCAGCUGCGGGAGCACAGCAGAGGCUGCGGUUCACUCACCCGUGGCUCUGCCCAGUGCGACCGUGGCAGCCUGUAGGCAACAGGAGGUGGCAGCAAAGGACAACCCUGCAGAGGAUCCGGCCAUGAAGUCCUUCCUGGGGAAAAUCAAGGCUUUCGAGAAGAUGGAUCAUUUCGCCCGAGUCCAAAGGAUGCUGGAAGUGCAGGAGGCGCAGAAUGCCAGGUUGGAAAUUGCUCAGAAGCACCCAGACAUCUAUGCUGUUCCUCUGAAGACAGCCAAGCUGGAUCACAAUCGCCUACAGCCCAUCAG